UUUCGAUACGUCACUAAGUUACCUUGAUGUUUUUUGAAAAUGAGCAGGUUCUUCAUAAAUGUGAAACUUGAUAGAUAGCGAGUAUUUGCGAUAGCUAUUUAUACGUACGGCAAUCGAAAGAAGACACGGACGUAAACAGGAUCGAGAAACAAGAAAAAUGGUUGUUUUAUAUCACCACACUGAUGCGGAAUCGGCCCAAAAAAUCCUAGAAUCCCUUUUACUGAAAAAGGCCAAAGGUGCAUUUGGGACUGGGGUGUACCUCACCAAAAUGGGCCCUGAUUCGUCAUUGAAAAAGCUUCUUGUGAAUAACUACGAUGACGACAUAUCAAAAGCUAAGAUGAAGAAGCUCAUUAAAGAAAGAGGAAGCAAAGCAGAAGUGUGUUUUGGACUGGGCAUUCCAGACGAUGUCUAUGACGAGUUCGUUGAGAAAUGUGAUGCCUCGGGAAGAGAUGUGUACAUCUUCAAGGGCGAUAUUACUCUAUCAGAUAUGGAUGACGUAGACUUGUACUACCGGCAAUAAUGUAAUUUGAUUGUCAUUCUUGACUUAAUUUGUGCUAUUAAUCACUUCUGUUUUCUUUGAAAAAUAUUAAUCGUUUAUAUGAAGCAUGAAAUUCCUGGACACAACAUACAAUAGACCAUAAGGCAAAACGUGAUAACAGCUUUGAGUGACCGUCUUGAAUUAAAUAAUAAUUAAACUUCAGAAACAUUAACAGGAUUUACAGUUUUGUUACUUUUCGCUAGUUUUAUCUAAGGCGAAAUAAAUGCAUAGAAUAACA